CCUUGUUGUCUCUCUCUCUCUCUCUCUCUCUCUCUCUCUCUCUCUCUCCCAUUAGUGCGCCGCGAGCUUCGCCCCCGCGACGCCAUGAACGCGCCUUUGAAGCUCUUGAGGCGCCUCUUCUCCUCCUCAUCGUCUCCUUCUUCGUCGUUCUCUUCAUGCCCCAACCCGUGGCUCCUCAUAGGCCUCGGCAACCCCGGCGACAAGUACCAAUCCACGCGACACAACGUUGGCUUCGACAUGAUCGAUGCUUUCGCGCGGUCGCAAGGCAUUCCGUUCGGCUCCGUUCACUGCAAAGCCCUCUUCGGCGAAGGGACUAUCGGCGGUGUCCCAGUUCUGCUCGCAAAGCCGCAGACUUAUAUGAAUCUCAGUGGCGAAUCUACGGGGCCACUUGCUGCCUACUAUAAGCUUCCUCUUAAUCAUGUCAUUGUGAUGUAUGAUGAUAUGGACUUGCCAUGUGGAGUUCUUCGCAUACAACCAAAAGGAGGACAUGGACGCCACAAAGGGUUAAAGAGUGUGAUCUACCACUUCCGAGGAAAUAGAGAAUUUGGCCGAUUAAGAAUUGGAAUCGGAAGACCACCUGGCCAGAUGGAUCCCAAAGCUUUUCUGCUCCAGAAGUUCAACAAAACAGCCCGUGAAAGGAUUGAUUCAGCUUUGGAAGAGGGCGUGGAAAUACUGAAGGCGGUGGUUACCAAGGGCUUGACGGAAGCAGCAAGGUCCUGCAACACAGAGCAGAAGUACAAGCAUCUCAGAUUUCAGAACUUACCUGUCUGACUUUCAACUCCAAUUCCUGCAUUGGUGGGCUUUUUCUCAAUCUCGCAAAUGAAAUACGACUCACUCGGCAUAAUGCAUUGCCGCUUGAAGCCACUAGUUUCUAAGUUACUAGGUCGCACGAAUUCUCUCGUGCUCCAUAAAUAUGCACUGAUUCUUACCCAUGUAUAUUACACAGAACUGAAUGAACAUAACAUGGCCUAUUAUUUCCUGCUUAUUUGGAGAUUAUUUCUGUAUUUCUUUGACACUUUAGUUUCAAAUCCAUUUACUUUUACAUUGAUAGAAAA